CAUGUUCAUUUUUCUUUUCCAGCACCAACCUCCCAGAGAACAGGAUGGAUUGGGGCACACUACAGACUAUCCUGGGGGGUGUCAACAAACACUCCACCAGUAUUGGUAAAAUCUGGCUCACUGUCCUCUUCAUUUUUCGCAUCAUGAUCCUUGUGGUGGCUGCCAAGGAGGUAUGGGGAGAUGAGCAAGCUGAUUUUAUCUGCAACACACUCCAGCCUGGCUGCAAAAAUGUUUGCUACGACCACCACUUCCCCAUCUCUCACAUCCGGCUUUGGGCACUGCAGCUGAUCUUUGUAUCCACACCAGCACUCCUGGUGGCCAUGCACGUGGCCUACCGGAGACAUGAGAAGAAAAGGAAGUUCAUGAAGGGAGAGAUGAAGAAUGAAUAUAAGGACAUUGAAGAGAUCAAAACCCAGAAGGUUCGUAUUGAAGGGUCCCUGUGGUGGACCUACACCAGCAGCAUCUUCUUCCGGGUCAUCUUCGAAGCUGUCUUCAUGUAUGUCUUUUACGUCAUGUACAAUGGCUUCUUCAUGCAGCGUCUGGUGAAGUGUAACGCCUGGCCUUGUCCCAAUACGGUGGACUGCUUUAUCUCCAGGCCCACAGAAAAGACUGUCUUUACGGUGUUCAUGAUUGCAGUGUCUGGAAUAUGUAUCCUGCUAAAUGUCACAGAAUUGUGUUAUUUGCUCAUUAGAUACUGCUCAGGGAAGUCCAGAAAACCAGUUUAACACAUUUGCCCAGCUGUUAGAAAAAGAUUGCAUGAAA